AAUAUCCACUGUCCGAUCGCAAUGGCGCCUCAACUGACGAUUAUCGCUAUAUGUUUAUUAUCGUUUUGGAUAAAUGCAACUCAAUCUGAAACAGAUUUCCAAGGUCUAUUAAAUAAAAUAUUCAAUGAUGCUGAUGGAAAUCUAUUAAGAAAUGGAAAAUUAGAACCACAAGGCAAGAUAUGUGGAAUUGGCAAAGAAUGUGUUCAACGUACGCUCUGUAAGGAGGAUGGUACCGUUAAGAGGUUUGGUCAGGGUAUAGUUGACCUAAAAAUCGGCAUUGAAAAUCCUUGUAGUUAUUUGGAAAUAUGUUGUAAAGUAGACGAAACGUUACAGCAGGCCACACCAGAGAUAGUGCCACAUGUACAAGAAAGUCAUUGUGGCACCCGCAAUGCGGAGGGCGUGUUCUUCAAAAUUACUGGUGCUACAAAUGGAGAGGCAGAAUUCGCUGAAUUUCCGUGGAUGGUUGCCAUUUCAACAAUUGAGGAAACUUAUCAAUUUUACAAAUGCGGCGGGGCAAUUAUCGCACCGAAUGUAGUCCUUACAGCUGCACAUUGUGUGUUGAACCAACGACCGGAAAAGUUGGUGGCACGUGCUGGUGAGUGGGAUACACAGACCAAUCUAGAACCGCAGCAACAUCAAGAUGCUCGUGUCAAGGAAAUAAUAAGUAAUGAAGAUUUCGAUCCCAGCACAAUAGCUGGAGAUAUCGCGCUUUUAAUAUUGGAAACACCUUACAUUUGGGCUCCGAAUGUGCAACCCAUCUGCUUGCCAGAUGCUAAUAGAACUUUUGAUAAUUCUCGUUGCUUUGCCACCGGCUGGGGUAAAGACAAGUUUGGGAAAGCGGGUAAUUAUCAGGUUAUACUGAAAAAGAUUGAAUUGCCUAUUGUACCACAUGCCACCUGUGAAGCCAAUUUACGUAGAACACGUCUGAGUCGUUUCUUUCAAUUGGACAAGAGUUUCAUAUGCGCUGGUGGAGAGGGUGGCUCUGACACUUGCAAGGGCGAUGGCGGCUCACCGUUAGUUUGUCCAGAUCCAAAGAAUCCCAAUCGCUACUAUCAAGCUGGUAUUGUAUCUUGGGGUAUCGGCUGUGGCGAGAAAAAUAUUCCAGGCGUGUAUAGCAAUGUGCCGUACCUGCGCAGCUGGAUCAAUGAGAAACUUGUUGCGAGAGGAAUUGAUUUUAAAUAUUUUACGCCCCGCAUAUCCAAAAUGGCUUCUAACUUGGCGGUUUUUGCUGUGUGUAUGCUAUCUCUGUGGAUAGUCACUUCCGACGGUCAAUCAACGCCAAAUCUAGAUGAUUUAUUAAAUAAAAUCUUCACCACAGAACCACCACCGUUCCAACCAACACCUACCAAAACCACCGUUCUUCAGCCGGAACCUCAACCUCAACCGCAACCGGAUCCUGGCAGUGGCAAAAUUUGUGGAGUAAACAAAGAGUGCGUUGCGCGUUUCCUAUGUAACGAAGAUGGCGCAGUCAACACGGAUGGUUCGACCCUGAUUGACAUUCGUUUUGAUGGCGAAGAGCAGUGCACUUAUUUGGAAGUGUGCUGUAAUACACCAGACAAAUUGGAGAAACCGAAGGUACCCAUCAAGCCAGACGUGACACAUGAUGGUUGUGGCUAUCGUAACCCAGAUGGUGUCGGAUUCAGAAUUACAGGCGACAAAGAAGGCGAAUCACAGUUUGGCGAGUUCCCUUGGAUGGUAGCAAUCUUGCGUGACGAAGUGAUUGGCGGAGAAACUUUAAACAUUUAUGAAUGCGGUGGCGCAGUAAUCGCACCAAAUGUAGUCUUGACAGCUACACAUUGCGUGCUGAAUCUGGACCCAAGUGUAUUGGUGGCACGUGCUGGUGAAUGGGACACACAAACCAAAACAGAAGUACUCCCACAUCAAGAUGCGCGCGUAAAAGAGAUCAUCCGUCAUGAACAAUACAAUAAGGGUUCACUUUAUAAUGACGUAGCACUGCUCAUCUUAGAAACGCCAUACUAUUGGGAAGAAAAUGUGCGUCCUAUAUGUUUACCUGAACCGGAUGCUAAUUUCGAUCACUCGCGUUGUUAUGCCACUGGCUGGGGUAAGGACAAGUUCGGCAAAGAUGGCACUUAUCAACUGAUUUUAAAGAAAAUCGAUUUACCUGCUGUACCACGAGAUACUUGUGAAGCCAAUCUACGCAAAACUCGUCUGGGUAAAUUCUUCAAUUUGGACAAGAGUUUCAUGUGUGCUGGUGGUGAAAAAGGCAAAGACACUUGCAAGGGUGAUGGUGGCUCACCGUUAGUUUGUCCAGAUCCAAUGAAUCCCAAUCGUUACUAUCAAGCCGGUAUUGUUGCUUGGGGUGUAGGUUGUGGCGUAGAGAAUGUUCCCGGAGUUUACGCCAAUGUGCCUUACCUGCGUAACUGGAUCAACGAGAAACUUUCCGCACGAGGAAUUGAUUUCAAAUAUUUUACAGCUUAAAGAUCUCUUAGUUUGGCAGUCACACAAACACGUAUUGUUGCUACAAUACUUCAAGUUAUUAAUAAAGUACGUUGAUAAUGAUAUUUGGAAUGUUUUGAGAUUAAAAAAAUACAAUUAAAUUGAGUUGAAUCCCUAAUAA